GUCUAGAAAUAAAAAAAAACAUUGUUUAAUGUUGGAUAGGCACAAGCUCCAGGAUGGACGGACGGACGGAUGGAUAUUUAAUUUUGCAUUCCAUUUAUACUUGGAAGUUCCGAGUUAGAAAAAUCAACCUGAACACUUUCUAAAACCUUACUUGGAAAAUAGGAGGUUUCUCACCAGCCCUGAUCUAAAAAUCAAAUAUGGCCACCUUACACAUUGAUAUCUGCAGUAAUGAUGUGUAACCUCUCUGUCAGAAAUUAUAGUCUUUGAGUGUGUGAUUGCAUAAAAUACAUUGUUAUGCAUCUUGUGUUGCUCAUGGUAAAUAAUCUUAUCACUAAGCACACUGAUUCACAAUUUCUUCUGGUUUUCCACAUUAUUAAGCUGAUUUUAGUAACAUCUCAAGAACUGAAUUUCAACACUUUCCGAUAUAUGGGCUGCAGCUUUCUCAGCAAUGCAAACGUUCUUCAACCAGCAAUACCUGGGAUCCCUGUGCUGUGUCAAAAAGUGAAAAGCUUUUCAAACCACAGUGCACAUUAUGGGGGUGCAGUUUUAUGUUGCAACAGUAUUUAAAUAACGGGAAAAGUUAGGUUUGGAAAAAAAGUGCUGAGGGGAGUUGAGGGGAACAAUUAGUCAUUUUAUCUAUUACACUUGAUUGUACUGGUUAAUACAAGAGAUGUUUUUAGGCUCCUAAAAAAUUGGGUGCUUAGCCCAGGCCAGAAAUAGUUGAAUUUUAGUCAUUUAAGGAAUUUCAUAAAAUCAGACGUGUUGUACUCAUUGUCUGCCUAAAGGCAGGGUUUUGAAUAAAUGAAUCAAUAGUUAAAUGAAAUCUUUCUUUUGAACAUAUAAACAACAAUAGUUAACAAAAAAAACAAAAUAAUAAUAAUAUUAACACAAAUUAUAAUGAACAUAUUAAUGUGAUAAAUAACCUUAUCAGUCAAUGCUAUUAAUUUAUAUACAAAGUAACACAACAAAAUCUCCCCCUCAUCCAGUAUACCCGUCAUGGGUAUAUAGUCUAGACUAUCUAAAUAACUGCUACAUUAUGAAUACGUAAAUAUAAAAUGUAUCUUCCAUGUAAUAAUUAUCUAUACACUAUAAUUGUACCUAUAUAAAUAAUUGAUUGGUUACACAGUUUACCAUCUAUAUUUAUAUUUAUACACAGUCACAAGUAAGAUAUGCAUUAUUUUAUUUGGAUCUUCAACUAAAAACUAAUGUGAAUUAAUGUGAAUUAUUUAAAAUCAAACAAAGAAGGUGCAGUACCCUUUACAUUGUUUUCAGAAGACAAGAAAGGCUGUUUUUUUUAACUUUUUUCCCAAAACUCAUUUAACUCUGGUGGCUGAUGGGUAAUACGAUUAUCAAACUAUUCGUUCUGUCACAGAAACAUUAGCUGCAGCAUUUUAUGCUUUGAACUUGUUCCAAAUUUCUGCAAAGAAAUUAAUUUUUCUUUGAGCUCACCUGUUUACUAAUCAACAAAUGAAUGCAAAUGGUUGUUCAGCAGUUAACAGUCAGCUAAUAUUCAACUGACACACAGCUUUAAUCUCUCUGUUGUCAGCUCGUCUUUUCCUCCGAUAAGAUAAUCUUUGGGUGUGUAUUCUUCAUCCACCACAAAGGGCCCUUUAGUACAAACUGUCUGUGUUCAUGUGGUUGGAUUGCAUUCACAACAAAGGACAAACAUUUCUACUCAUGCAGUAAAAAGUGUUAUCGAGGCGAUACUGCAGCUGCAGCAUCUCACGGUGUUGGUUAUAAAAGCAUCAGGCUGUGAGAAGAUCCCUACAGAAGAACUCUGAAGAUCGCCAGCUGACAAACAACACAGUUUCCAUCCCUGCAGCCGAACUCUCACCAUGAAGCUCCUGUCCACUCUGUUCCUCCUCCUGGUUUCUCUGUUGAACAGCGGUGUGGCUCUUGCCCUCCCUCUGGACUGCAGUGACAUCUUUAGGCAGAAUCCCCAGCAACCCAGUGGAGUUUACACUAUCUAUCCCAUCGGAGCCACGUCUGCUGUCCAGGUGUUCUGUGACAUGAGUUCUUUGGGAGGAAGAUGGACAGUGUUCCAGAGGAGGAUGGAUGGCUCAGUAAACUUCUACAGGCCAUGGAGUUAUUACAAGACAGGCUUUGGGAAUGCGGCUGGAGAGUACUGGCUCGGUCUGACAAACCUCUACCACCUAAGUUGGAGGAAAAAGUCUGAGCUGCUGGUCGUCAUGGAGGAUUUUGCAGGAAGUAAAGUGUAUGCUCGUUACUUUUGGUUCAGUGUUGGUCCAGAGUCAUUGGGAUAUCCUCUGCGAGUGUCUGGAUUCGCUGAUGGAGGGGCAGGAGACUCCCUGAGUCAUCACAACGGACAAAAAUUCUCCACCUUCGACAAAGACCAGGACAGUCAUUCAGUCAACUGUGCUAGAUUAUUCCUGGGGGCGUUCUGGUACAAUAACUGCCAUCAUACAAACCCAAACGGGGUUUAUCGCUGGGGGGCUGAUAAUACCAUCAAUGCUGUUGGGGUGGAGUGGUCCAAAUGGAAGGGCCAUAACUACUCUCUGAAGGCCAUCAGCUUUAUGAUCCGUCCUGUUUAGUAAAGCUGCAGGACAAACACUAUCUAGAUCGUCAAAUGUUGAUGUUUCCUGCAAUCAAACUCCAUCUGCACCUGUCACCUCCUGGAGCUGAAUCCAGAUGUUGGUUGAGACUUUAACCCUGUUUUCACUUUGAUUUCUGAAAUGAAUAUUUAUCUGCUGCAUUCUGACAAUAAACGAGAAACAAUCUGA